AUGAUGGAUUCCCAUACGCCUUUGUUGUCCAGCGAUGACCGCCAUCCAAACUUGCAGUUGACAAGUAAGUUCCAAUCGUUUAAAGAUGAUACAAGACAUGUUAUCAUGUCCUCACCAUUGAAUGUUUUACUCGUUUUUGUGCCAAUUGGUAUCAUUUGGGGCUACUUUGAAUUCUCACACGUGUGGACAUUUAUCUUCAACUUUGCUGCUAUUAUUCCACUCGCGGCCAUCCUGGCCUAUGCUACCGAAGAACUGGCUGACAAAGCCGGUAGCACUGUUGGUGGUCUUUUGAAUGCUACUCUUGGGAAUGCAGUUGAACUUAUUGUGUCCAUCAUUGCCCUGAAAGAGGGCCAAGUUAGAAUAGUCCAGGCUUCCAUGCUUGGUAGUCUGUUAUCCAAUUUGUUGCUGGUCCUUGGGUUCUGUUUUGUGUUUGGUGGCUACAACAGAGUUCAACAAACAUUUAACCAAACUGCUGCACAAACCAUGUCCUCUCUAUUGGCCAUCUCAUGCGCUUCUCUGUUGAUCCCUGCUGCCUUUAAAGCUACUCUACCAGAGGGGAAAGAGGACGAUUUGAUCAACAGCAAGAUUCUUUCUUUGUCAAGAGGUACAUCCCUGGUUUUACUGGUCGUCUACAUUCUAUUUCUGUUUUUCCAAUUGCACACUCAUCACACUAUUUUCGAAGAGCAAAUGGAGGAAACUGACGAAGUAAUGAGUCAGCUAUCUGCCAAGCCAUCGCACUCAUUGAGUAUCAAGUCUUCAUUAGGGUUUUUGUUUGUUUCUACUGUUUUGAUCUCUAUCUGUGCCGAUUACCUAGUCGGGACGAUUGACAACGUUGUUGCGUCGACCGGGUUGUCUAAGACAUUUAUUGGUUUGAUAAUCAUCCCAAUUGUGGGCAAUGCCGCCGAACAUGUCACCUCCGUGAUGGUUGCAAUCAAAGACAAAAUGGACUUAGCACUGGGUGUUGCCAUUGGGUCUUCGCUACAGAUUGCACUAUUCGUUACGCCAUUUUUGGUCCUACUAGGUUGGUUUAUUGACGUACCCAUGACAUUAAACUUUUCGACCUUCGAAACUGCCACUCUUUUCAUCGCCGUCUUUUUGUCCAACUACUUGAUUCUGGACGGUGAAUCGAACUGGCUUGAAGGUGUUAUGUCCUUGGCCAUGUAUCUGUUGAUUGCCAUGGCGUUCUUCUACUAUCCAGACAUUGAAGCACUUGAGGCUAUCGGAGAUGCUGCAAAGAUGUGA